AAUAUCAACGUCAGAGAAUCCAAAAAAAAUCCAAACCACACCCCAACACCAACACAACCUUUCACAUCCCAAGCACAACCCAAAAUGCCCUCGAUACGUCCAAUCUCCCGCCCAACAAUCCGCGAACUCUCCAACUUCCUCCUCUCCCCACCAACGCAACCUCGCUGCAUCUCCCACCUCACCCGCCGAGCUCCUCACCCCCCAAAACUCCCCUCCACACCCCGAAACCUCUCCUCAACCUCCUUCCUAACCGCCUCCCCCAAACCACAAACUCGCGACCGCGGCCCCGCCUCGACGGAAGACACGCAGACCGAUUUCGGUGCCCUGAACGUGCUGGGCAAUACGCCGAUUCCGAGCACGAGUAUCGAUGCUUGUCUCUGGGAUGGAUUUCAUCUUGAUAGCGGGGUCAAGAUCACGGGUGGCACGGGCGUGCUGCUUAUUGCUGGGGAGGCGUUUAGUUGGAGGCCGUGGGAAGCAGUGGCGGCGGGAGGGGAGGGGAGCUUGAAGUUGGUUAAUGGGAAGGGGCAGUGGGAUGUGGGGGAGGAGGCUUGGGGGGUGUUGGAGUUGGUUUGGCCGAAGCCUGAUCUUUUGAUCCUAGGGUUGGGGAAGGAUAUGAGGCCGAUUAGUCCGCGGGUUAGGCAGUAUAUUAAUAGUCUCGGCAUUCGAGUCGAUAUCCAGGAUACGAGGAAUGCGGCUGCGCAGUAUAAUUUGCUGGCUACGGAGAGGGGGAUUGGGAAUGUUGCUGCGGCGUUGGUUCCUAUUGGGUGGAGAGAGGAUGUCGGUGUUGCCUCGUGAUGGGGGAUCAUCUACCGACUUGCUUUCGAAUGAAGUGGGAUGUUCGUUCAAUGUUAGCCCAAACCAUCUCGACCAAUAUCGCGGAAUAAUAAGCAAUAGAGGGCCAGAAUGACAUUGAGCUGAGGUCUGAAGGGCUGUAAAUAUCGUACUUACCUCACCAAGUAAAAUCCCUGGGUGUACAAACAGAACAAUCUUGUCGAGUAUGUGGAGCUCUCGAUACGUACAGCACUGUUCGUAAUGAGAACAUCGAAUCACCAGAUUUUGUACCUGGCAAACUUAGCUAGUCAUAUAAUUGUGUCUAAGCC